CUCGUGGCACAGUUGACCAACGGAAUCCCACACGCCACCAACCGCACAGCAAAGUUUCAUUAACAGGUCACAGCCAUAGAAAACUACAUACGAAGUGCGAAGACGUUUUCUUUGCUUGAUCUGGAAAAUCCAAGUUUACUUCGAGAAGAGAAGAAUGCACGAUUUCUGCUUCACGAUUCCUUACGGGCUGAUUCUGGUGGUCGGAGGACUCGUCGGGUAUGUCAAGAAACGGAGCAUGGCGUCGCUGGGUGGGGGAGUGGGCACUGGGUUGCUCCUCGUCUUAGCUGGAUAUUUGAGUCUCAAGGCUUUUGAGAGGCGAAAGAACUCCUAUCUUGCUUUUGUCAUCGAAACUGUUUGUGCAGCAGCACUGACAUUCAUCAUGGGACAGCGUUAUGUGCAAACUUCUAAGAUUAUGCCUGCUGGUAUUAUUGCUGGGAUAAGUGCUCUCAUGACUCUGUUCUAUGUGUACAAAAUUGCAACUGGUGGCAACCACAUUCCAGUCAAGGCUGAGUGAUGGCAUUGAGGAUUUGUAUACCACUAAUUUCAACAGAUGUAUUGAGAUAUGGAAACUCUGAUGUUUGUAUUGGGAGGUUUUAAUUCCUUGUAAAAAUUUGUUGAUGUGCCCCGUGAGAUAUGCCAUGUCAGCAUUGUCACCAUAAUGUGGCACAUCAUUUGUACCAGCAGGUUAUGCCCAUUACUAGUUCCGGGUGGAAAGACAUUCAUUGUCAUUGAAAGUAAAAGAAAUGGGAAACAUGGUUCUUAUCUUA